AUGCCUUGCACACCUACUGGCGGACUAUCACAUUCGUACAUCUCCCGAUGGGCUGACCUGACCAUGCUCCACCAGCCGUCGUCGGUCGACACGGCGCUAGUCGAUGGGCUGCCGUGUCCGUCGCCAUGUCCAUCUCCGGCACGAGGACGAGGACGAUCGCGGCGGACCCGCAAGGACGAGAACGAGACCGACGACGGACCGCACAAGACGUGUUCGCCGCACCCGCCAGUCACGCGCGUCAUCCCAUGCAAUCCGCGCACACGAGUUCUCUCCAACCGACGACCCGCAGCCCUUCCGAACCCGACCCUCAGCUUCAGACGACUCGCCCACAAACAGCCCCCGACGGUCAUCGCCCGCACUCCCUCGGACGUCACCAACAGGCCCACGGCCACGCCCUCGCCCGAUCUCAUAUUCACCAUGAGCCCUGUUCUGCUCGACGGCCUCGGUACACGCCGCCCCUCUCGUCUGAGCGCCGAGUUGGAUCUCCCGACACCUCUGCCCGAGACCCGGUCAUGGGAACACCCCUCGCCACCCCCGCCUUACUCUACUUCCCAUGCGACAACCUCUGCCGCCUUUGCUGACGAGUCUUCUGCCUCUGUCAUUGACGAUCUCGUCGCAGACUCCAUCAUCCCCAUGCGCCUACACAGAAAGUCAGACCCUGUUCCUGCCUGUCUCUCCUCUGUCACCAGUGCAUCCAUCGAUACCACCCCUGCCCGCCCCAUCCCUAUCCCCAAGCCUUCUCCACGCGUGCCCUCGGACUAUGGCGGUGUCAGCUCCGUGUCCGUGUCCGUCUCUGUGCCCAUGUUCGCCCGACCCCCGAGGAAACUGUCCACAAAGCAGCGCCCAGACGAAAGCGCCCUUGCCGUAGUCGAAGAGCCUGCAGACGUCACGGCCGAGUGGUGCGACACCACGGACGUCGUUCCUGUCCCCAUUACCAUCACCCACCAACCCAAGAAGAAGCGUUUCUUUAUUGGUCUUGCACCUGGCGAGUCCUAUGAUGGUGAUAUGGACAGCGAGAGCUCAUGGCGAUGA